CGAAAGCUUCUUCUAUUCCGUCCACAGCCAUUUGAACGAUUUGAACGAUUUAGUAUUAUUGACCUACAAAAUGGAGCGCCAAGUGUGAUGUUUGUGCCUCAGAUGGACCAGUCGGAGGCGUCUGAUAUACAUCUAAAGUUACUGUUAAUAGGCGAUAUGAAUGUUGGGAAAAGCAGCCUUCUCUUCCGGUACAUCGAUGACGGUUUCAGUGAUACCUAUAUGAGUACAAUUGGAGUAGACUUUAAAGUAAAAACAGUCAUGAUUGGCAAUACAAGAGUAAAGCUACAAAUUUGGGAUACAGCUGGACAGGAGAGAUUUCGUACCAUAACAUCAACAUAUUAUCGUGGUGCUCAUGGAAUUAUCAUUGUAUAUGAUGUCAAUGAUGUGAAAACAUUUUGUAAUGUAGAAAAAUGGGUAAAAGAGGCACAAACUUACGCUGAUGAAGGAGUAGCACGAAUACUAGGUGAGGAGUGCUUUUCUAGCCAUUUACAUCAUAGUCUAAUUCAUUUUCUAGUCGUUUCUUACAGUUUAGGGACAGUAUUACAGCUUCUUCACUGGUAAACUGACGGAUAUAAAUUAUAUACAGAUUUGUUAGCUUUCUAAUCUUUAUUAAGCUAUCAUGAAGAUGAAAUGUUCGUGACAGUAAUAAAUUAAUAGCCAUCUUUGCUACCUACCUUAUGUUGUUUGUAUUCGGCGACCAUGUUUUACACCUCUGUCAUAGGACAGGAUGGAUUUCUACGUUGUUAAGUUAGUCAUUGAUGAGUAAACAGAUGCUUCACUAGUGUUAUUUGAACCUCGUUAUCGACUCCAAGACUUAAUCAUAGAUCAGUCGGUCAGGUCUUCUGUGAUUAUUAAAACUGUAAAUGUCCAUAUCUUUUCAGUAAACUUUUAUAACAGACAUGCUUCUAGAGAUGACUCCUCGUCUGAAAUUUCGGCGGUUGCUCUCAUGGAAUCGGAGGCUGUAAACGUUACAGUUCUUUUUGAUGAAGAAGCUGACAACAUUCAGAAUCAUUCGACUGAGUUGAAUCGAAAACAGUUUUCGGAUGGAUUCCUUUUCUUCAGGAUUAAAAUUGUUGCUUAAGGACCAGUUUACAUCAAUGCCUGAUCUGACCAUAAGAGGGGAAGGAACUGACCACGUUGGCCACUGUACAUAUGUGUAACACAUGUAUCAUCCACCACCUAAUACAGAGUGGGACAAUGGCUAGUAUUGGAGAAAGGACGGAGCUGGUCAAGUGUAAACAAAUUAUCAGUUCAUUAGGCUAUUGAAUGUCCGACUUAGUUUUGUUGGGUGGUAGAAACUUAGUUAUGAUUCAUGCUAAAACCGCAUUUAGUAUUUAAAGAUUUCAGGUGAUAUAGGUCAAAAUUAGUCAUUGUGGUGCAUAUAUCUCCAUUUUUUACUCCUUUUAAAGUCUUAAGUUUCAGGACUAUUUCGUUUUAUGCCUCUCCAUUGCGUUCGUUCUUGCAGAACUAUAUUCCCUGCGUAAUUUUUUAAAUAUAAUAAGCACUACUGGUUUAACUUCCUUUAUUCUCACUCUGUUACCUUCCUCUCAAUGCGCUAACGUGAAAUAUGGCAACUUCGAUCCAUGCAUAUUCGCUAUAUGUCCUACAUUGUUUAUGACCAAAGGAUUUCUGUUGUGGAAUUAUUUACUACAACCACCCUUGUGGGAUACUCUAGCAACAUUUGGUUUAUUGAAGUCGAUAUAGCCACAUCAUAUACAACAUUUAGCCGUAGGUAACGAGACUAAUAGAAAAUAAGACUAUAUCUAAGUAGAAUAUAAAUUUAUCAAGAAUAUUUUCAAAUUUGGAAAACCAUAAAACGUUUAAUAUUUUAAACCUAAAAUUUGAAAAGAUAUUCAUCUAUACUUUGUUUUAUUUUUACGUGAACUCAUAUAAAAAGUCUUCAACAACCUAUUUCAUAUUGUCAGAUUGGUUUAGUUCCCUCCAAUGCAAUAUUCUAACCAACGUCAUCGUUCAUCUUCGCUUUGAUUUUCUCCAUUCAUGUUCUUUUUUCAUUUCGUCACCAAAUCUAUUGACGCUUAUGCCUUUUAUCUGAAUACUGAAUUCAUGGUUUACUUUCGCAUUACGUGGUCAUUGUCACUUGUUGCAUUAAUAAUAUAUCUUUAUUAUUAAGGAAAUGUGAUAUACGUACAACUUGAAAAUGAUGUCUCUAAAUGGCAGAAUAUGUUGACUACAGUUUAUUUUAUUUCUUUAUACUUGAUUGAACUUGUUUGUAAUAAUUUUGUGCAACUCGUUUCUCACAUUAAAAAUCUAUAAAUAACUGUACAAUGCGUUCUUUUGUAACUAUUCCCUUCGUUUUUUUAAAAAAACAUUUUGAUAGUCGGUAAUAAAAACGAAAGUGAAGAAUUAAAAACUGUAGCCACUUGUGAUGCCCAACGUUUAGCAGCUAAAAAUUCAUGUCUUUUUAUUGAAACAUCUGCUAAAAAUGAUGAAAAUGUUGAUCAGGUAAUGUUGCAAUUUGUAUUUCUUAAAAUUUUGUGAGAUAUGGUUGGUUUAUAUAUUUCUCAAGUUUUUUUUAAUUAUUUUUUUAAUACCAUGGCUAUUUUAAGAUUUAAGAAGUUUAUAUAAUGUUCAGCUCUUUUAACUAAGCAGUACAGCUCACGGAAAUGUAUUUUCGAUAUCAUUAUGGCGAAUUACAAAUUUUCUCUACUUUCUUCACAAAUACCAUCUUUAUUUAAAAAUAUUUGGAAAAUUUGUAUAUGUUUUUCAAUAAAACAUUGAAGCUAACUGUUGUUUAUAAUUUUGUACAUUGCAUAAAAAUAAGUAUUUCAUCAUAAUGAAAUCAAUGCAUUAUUGUCUCAGUUUAUAUUGAUUAAUCAUAUGAUACAAUCUAUACAGUGAAUAAAUUCACUGGGUACAUGUGUUUGGCAAAAAUAGAAGUUGAAUUGUCUAAAAUUUGUAUGGAUUCCUAGUUUUUCUAGGAAAAAAAACGUAUUUAUGUUUGUAUUAAGUUAUUUUUACACAUUUGAGGUUUGCUUUUGUUUUCCAUUUUCAAAAAAGAAGUAGAAAUAAUCACAAGGUGAUGAAUUAAUGAUGGCUUUUGUCGUGAGAUCUAUCCUCUGAAUAACUUCUCACACGUAAUGACAUCAGAAUAAAUUCAUACCAAAACUACUUGAAAUUGUUAGGUGAAAUCUGUUUUUAAGUGACAAAACCGUUUGAGUUGAAAAGGUAUGACAAACAGUUUAAAGGUCAAAAUAUACACGUUUAUAUUUUAAUUCCAUGACACGAUGGUAUCGUGUUUGCCAAAUUAAUGGAGAGAUAUGGUGUUGUAGUAGGUUGAAGAUAAUCGAUAACAGUAUCUUUGUAGAUGCAUAUGUCGAUUUUACUUGAUUAUAUUCUUCAGGAUUUUUUGUACAUUGCAAAAUGAGAUUGAGGCAUGUGUUUUAAUUCCACUCCACCGAUAAUCGGAGUGUUGGUGGAAUAGAUUGCACAAGUCAGCUGUUAAUUGACAAGUUACAUUGUUUAUUAUCAUUACUUCUGUUCAAUACUACUUUUUUGGUGCUAUUGAUUAGUGUAACAACUUUGACUGGUUCUGAAUUUUGAAUUAUGUAGAUAGGGACGCAAACAUACUGAUCGCUAUUAUUUAUACUUUGUUGUGUAAUGCUAUUUCUUCGAAGAUGUCACAGCAGAUCAUUUUGCUGUCCAUUGAGAAGUUUGCCAUUCAGUGUCAUUUAAAGCAUGUGCGAUAAGUAGAAAUAGUAGUGAUAUUGAAUGUAAUAUAAGAACUUGUAAUUCCCAGCUCUGUCAAAUACGUACUGUAUUAGUCACAAAUGAAGCAGGAUAUGAAAGGAACAAAAAGUCUAUGCACACUUGAAUGCAUCGUAUUCAAAUUCGAAUCAAGCGCAAAAAUUGAACGAAAAAUUACCACAAUAUGCAGAUAUCACAGUACGAUCGAUAGUUUCUGAAACUUUCCUUACAGAAUUUUACCAAAUUAAAAUCUGUUAUGUCCUACAACCGACCGAUAUGGGUAGAUGACCUUGAGCAACCAAUACUUAGCAAGGACGAGGUAGGCAUACUCUAUGCUUGACGGUUGGAUAAAUACUAACUGGCCCCGAACGAAGGAAAAAACACGAAACCAAUAAUCACCAGUUCAAGAUCGUUAUUAUAUUUUAGACAUUCAUUUCCAUGCAUACAAGACUAGACCACACAGCAGAUCAACUGAGUAACAGUAUUAACUCAGAGCAACAACAUUAAUGAUGAGAAAAACGGAGUACUGGGUACAAAAAUAAUCAGUUCUAGUUUAUGAGUGAAAAAUGCCAUAACAAUUUACGGUUCAAAUAACAGCUUGGAACUAGAGGGCAUCCAUUCAUAAUUUCGACCAUCAAAAAGGCAUGGAUUACUAAGGACGACUAUCAAAAGAUGGUAUAUUAAUAAAGGUGGUUAGUGUAAAAGGAAAUAAUAUUUUUAACUGUGUGAAAUAUGUUCGCUUUACUCUCUAUCCCUUCACCUUACGACCGUUUAAAAACGUAUUUUCCUGAACGUAUGACGAAGAGUCUACUUUCAACAAGCAUUGAUAAAUACUGUAAUUUCCCAAAUUAGAUAACAAAUUGUUAUUACCCUAGUUGUGUCAUGCCGUACAUCUAUUUCGAACAGCUAUUGAAGGGAAUGUUUCUUGUUCUGGAUUCCCUACAAACCCGUAGUUUGUUAGGCAGUUUCAGGUGACUGAAAAUGUAAAAGUCAUAGACUUGAUUACGACUAAAUAUUUGUUAUAAAAAUGCACUAAUAUAUGGUAUAAAUGUAUAACUAUUUGUCUUGAAUAAAAUAAUUGAUUUGCUUUCAAAAUGAGACGAUUGUAUGUAAGGUACAACACAAAAAACAUAUUUCACACAGUUGAAAUUGUUAUUCCAUUUUUCACUGAUCACCUUUACUGAUCUUCACCCUUUCGAUGGGCCCUUAUUAUCUGCGGUCGUUUGCUUGCGCUCUUACUAGUGUAAACCUCAUGGUUAAAUCGUUUCUUACAAAUAAGUCGUUUUAAAAGAAGUGUUCCUGAUUUUUCACGUUGUUAUUGUUCAUUAAAUACUCAUUUAUCUGUUAACUUGUCGAAUUUAUUUCAUUUGUGGUUAAAAAGUGUUUUUACGUGAAUACUAUCAUGACUUGACAUCGAGUGGAGAAUAAAUUAAUAGUCAACAUUAAACAUCUGUUUCAUUUUGGCUUUAUACGCUUCAAUGGUGUACGCUCCUAGCUUUCAUGUUAAGCACAAUACAUUUAAGCCAUUAAAUUAAUAUUUAAUGGUUUGAACGUUUUCCAUGUCAUUUUGUAUACGUCAAACUUAGUUCCACCUAUUUCGCUGUGGGAAGCCGAAUAUUGUUAUUAGCUCUCACAUUUAGAAAUUAGCUCACAUCAAAGCACCUAGUGAAUUUAAUUAAAUUUCAUUUUAAUUAAUAAAUUAUUAGUUCCGUGUGAAAAAUUUACUUUUUUUUUCAACUUUGUCCCUGUUUUACAGAUGUUUUACAUUAUUACAAGAGAAGCUUUACGUUUACGAUUAAAUGCUGUACAAAAACAACAAGAAGCUCAACAGACCGUAGUUCAACUGACACCUAUCUCCGGAUUAAAAUCAAAGCAUAAACCGAAAUGCUGUAAAGGAUAACUUCUUUUUCUGUCUAUCUAUGUCUUUCUUUUUAAUCAAAUAAUUUGUUUAUUGUUAUUCACUUAUCUAUUAUCAUGAUCCAGUUGUAUUGAGACAGAAAAUACCGCUGUUACAACAAUACCUGCCGCUACUAAUCACACUAUUACUAUCUCAAUUUAUUCAGUAUCAUUUUUUGUAUAAAAAAAGUAAAACUGGAUGAACAUGUAGGUGAGUGAGUGUGAACGGUAAGUGCUGUCGAAAGAAUGAUAUCUACUGUUCUAUUUUUUUCUGUCUCUUUCACUAAUUUUUUUUUCAUUACAAAGUUGUUGUCCUCGAUGCAUGUGAAUCUCAGACUAUUGAAUGCGUCAAUUCCUGCUGAUGGCAGGAAAACUCAAGCACAACAAUACUUUUCUUUGGUUAUUUCGUGUUUUUUUUUAACAAAUUUAUUUUGUAAUUUUUUUUCCUUUUAAUUCAAUGAUUUUUAUAUGAUCAUUAAAAUUAACAAUUUAUUGCUCAAUAAUUCAAAUUCAUUCGUUACAUAAAAGUAUAUUUAUAUGAGUAUCACAGUAUAUGUCCAUUGUUAGAGAUAAUUACGGAAUAAUUAGUCGACGAUUAUUUAACAAAUGGUUAUUUUAUUAAUAGUUCUAGUGCAUUUUUGUUCUGUUGUUAAUCUGUUAUGAUGACGAUGGUGUUGGUUAGUGAGGAUGAUAUUUAAGGAGAACAAAGCAAAUCAACUAAUCUUUAUUUCAUGUAUAGACUAUUCUUUUUUAUUAUUAUUAUUAUUAUUAUUAUUAUUAUUAUUGGUAUGCAUGCUAUGAUUUAGUAUAUAUUUCCUUCUUUUCUAUGGAAUUUAAUUGAACCGAUGAUUUUGUUUUGUUAGUUAAUAAUCUAUUCUGCUGAUGCCUUUCACUGUUUUUUUUAAAAUAUCUAUUUAUGAAAAAAGACCAUUUAUUUACAUAAUGAAAAUGAUUUAUUAUUUGUUAUAUAAUUUCAAUAUAUUACGAUAUUCAUUUGUAUUUACUUUUCUUGAUUAAAACGAACGGACAAGCAUUGAAAAAGUGUCAGUUAUACUCUUUAUAUGUAUACUAAUGUAUUUGUCCAAAGUUUAUGGAUCAAAGUUAAUAGUAUUUUCUGAAUGUUAUACAUCGGAUGUAUAAUUAAGUAAGGAAAUUGUUCCUUCACAAAUUGAAGAAAAUAAUGAGUUUAUAGUUUGUAUAUUAUGAUCAGGAUAUCAGUUUUGCGUAAUUUUAACUUCAUUUUUGUAACACUUGAUCAUCAAGAUUAUAAUGAAUUGUCAUUACUGGUGUUUAUAGAUGAUUGUGAUAAAUAAUUUAAGCACUUUUCACAGUUGAGUCAGUUUCAUGGCUGAUAAAAUUGACUCAUAUUUAAUUCCAACCAUACUGUUAGCAGGACAUAGACUGGAUUAAAGCAUGCUCAAUGCACGAUUGCUUUGGUGCACGCUGACUGGCUGAUUCUUAUCCAAUCAGCACCAGUCGAUAGUUGGAGAAUACUCUAGAAUCUUCUCAUGUAAAAACUAUAAAUAUACUAACGUUUUCUCUAUUGUGCAUCUUACUUCCAUCUAACCUUAUUAUUUGGAAUAUAAUCUCUUUCCUGUUCAACCGUGUUCUGAUUUGGGGACUUGUCGAGUGAAUCGGUGUCCGAGAAUACUAAGCAAUAGGAAUAGCUGGGUCAUAACCGUAAGAAAGAGAUUAUAACACAUACUAUCAGCUAAUAUGAAUUCGUAAUCCAUAAAGAAUUAGGCAAAUCGACGCAAGAACUCGGAAGAUAGAAUAAAUGGUUCAUUGUCAUUCUGGACGGUAUCAGAGCAGGCAAAGUGGUAAAACCAUAAAGUUAUCAGGAACCUAGUGAUCUAGCUUCAUAAAUAUUGUAAAAGUAAUUUAAUAUCAUUAUAAAGUUGUACCAGUCUUCAACUCUCUAUUUUUAUCAUUCUAAGUAUACUAUUUAAUAUGACUGAUUCCGGCGAGUGGUAAUGAGUUCCUACGAAGAUUACACUGACUUGAGCAUAAAAGUUUGAAUGCUCCAACUGAAAUGUAUUUCAUACUGCUAUAAGUGCGGAGUUCUUUUUGUGACCUAUAUUUCAAUAAAGAAACCGAUUUUAACUAAGGAUUUGCGUGAAGAAGCAAUGAUCAAUUUUUUGCCCGAAAAACCGUGAUUGACCUGUUCUUUUCAUAGUGAAUUAAGUUGUUAGAUGUUAUGUAAAUUAAGAUAGUCAAGCUGUUGAUCUAAUGCUUCCAUUCUUACAGGAUUAUCAUUGAUGUAAGAUAAACAAGCGUAAUAUUCUAGCUAAAUGCAAGUGUUGGUUCCAGUUCCUUUGGCUAAUAUACCGAAUAUUGAACCAGUGAAAUAACUAUGUCUUUUAAGAGUCAUUUCACGGAACAGGUCACUUCAUAUUUCUGCAGAUGACUAUUAUAUUGGUUGAUGGUUUUUUUGUUGUUGAUCUCACUAGCAUUAUUGCAUUCAUUUCAUUUACAGUAAAAACUGUACGUUGAUUAAGUAACAUAUUCAUUUUCAAAGAUUACAGUGAUUCAUCUAAACAAAGAUAUAAAUAAUUUACAGCCAAGGUCAAAUGACCAUUCAUUUUAACAGACUUCCACCAAUAAUAAUCAAUAAUUGAUUAAAAUGCACAUAAAUAUCAUGCAUAAAUCGUUUCUAAUAUUGGUGCAUUAAUUGUUUAAUAUAAGUUGUCAGUUAUUAUAUUGUCAAUUGAUUGAUUCAUUUAAUUUGGACAGGAAUUUAUGUACUGUUCGAAUUAUAUGAUGUUUAUCAAAUAAAUAAACGAGUCUAAUCGAUUUUUUUUCUCCAAAAAACAAAGGAAAUCAUUUAUUCCACUUAUUAAUUCUAUUUGAAUCGAUUUUGUUAAUAAAUCCAAACAUGCUCAAUUAAUGUGCCAUGUCCAUAGGUAACUAUCGUUUUCCAGUAUAAUUUAUCAAAUAAAAUAUUUUGAAACAGUUACUGAUGUAUUAUUUAUUUCUUAUUGUUUUAAAAGGUAGAUUAUAGAUUUUAAAUAUUAGCAACUUACAUAAAUUCUCAGAAAAUGUUCAAAAAUGAAGAAUAUUUAAGUGAACAAUUGUUUUCAA